AAUUUUUUCUGCUUGUGGUUCAGAGUGGAAUGAGGAAGAGCAGCAACAUGCCUGAACUGCUGCGAGACGUCAGUGGUCAGCUGGCAUCUGUGGAGGAGGGGCUUGCAGCUCUGGACCAGCACAAGAGAGAACUACACCAGCAUGCUGACUCGGUGAAGCAAGAGAUAAGCUCGGCUGUUGAGUUCCACAUGGCAGCUCUGAGAGCCAGGGAAAAGCAACUCAUCAGACAAGUUGAGUUGGUGAGCACACAUCAAAGCUGUCGUCUGAACGUGACACAGGCUCAACUGCUCCAGCAUCAAGGCGCCCUUGCGGUCACGCGGUCAAUCUUGCACCGAUGCGCCAGUGGUAACGAGGUUUUGAACUCCACGUCAGGUCCGGAUAACGGAGCUUGUUCUAAAAGAAACGAACUUUGUUGUCUGAGCACAAAAUCCUGUGGCAAAGAAACCGGAGGUGAGAUCUCUCUGCCACACGGUGCGAGCGGAUCCGAUGGUGUAUGCGUGAACAUGACAGGUGAUCGCGCACACAUUAGUAUAUGUAAUUCCUUCGAAAAAACCGGUGACGUUGUCAAGCGAGACUUGGAUGGGCUGAACGAACCUCCAUCUGCUGUGAAUAACGGUUCUACUCAUCGCAAUGUUAAUGGGCUGCUGCAACAGGCCCAGAAGUUGCUGCGUGUACCCUUCAUAUCAGUCACGAGUCUCGAGGACCCCGCGCUCACCAGUGCCAUUCAGAACCUGGGGAACGUAACUCUGCCUCCGACCAGCAGCAACGGCGAGCUCGUGCCACACUGCGAGAUUUUACCUCACUGUGAACUACUGCCACACAGCGAGCUGCUGCCCCACUGCCUCGAAGAGUACGGUGACGCCGACCAUCACGUGCUCCAUAAGAGCGUGAGACCUGACUGUGCGGUGGCCACCAUUGACGUGCGACGGCCCUAUUUACUGGCCGCCAGGGCGCGACAUUCUGCUAAGAAGAUCGAGGCUUUAGCGUCCGAAGAUCCUGAUAAAAUGCCCGGUGACACGAAGGAAGACCUGGUCAGGUGGCUGCACCGCAUGCAGCUCGACACGCCCGUGAGGCGGCCCCAACCUCCAGCCAAGGAAUGUGACGGAGUGUGCGUGGAAGAAGCUUGCCAGGGCAACGAGACCUGCUCGUCGUUCUCCGAGUGCUUCAUGAACGGUCAGUGCAAGAAGAACGCUCUCGAGAAGACUGACCAAACAAACAAGUGGCGACUACAGCAGAAACCUCUACAGCAGCUGCAGCUCUCUGACCAAGAUUUCCUCUUGCGUAACCUGAACAAGGGGCCACCGGCUGAACAGACCACGUACGCUCAAACACAGCUCGGGAAUAGCAAAACUUUCCUGAUGCCGUCUAACUUAGCUCGUAAGCGACUACACUCUUCUCCGAACUCCGCUAUCCAGCCUGUUAUUGCGCACAUGGACGCCAUCCAGCGCUCCAGUAACGGAUCUUGGCUCUUGAUUAAAGGUACGAAUGGCAUCGCAGCAAGUCUUGCGAAUAUUGAUUUAAAUUCGACUUCAUGUGGAAUUGAAAACUUUGAAGCCUCCGCUGAAGAUAUUAACAAAAAAAUGCGCGCAAAUGCUGAGAGCGGUGAAAUGAAAAGCCUGGCAUUUCGUGCGGCCAUCUUGUACCAAGCGCCGUCGGCUCAGUGGAGACUGAGUAGCAGUGAAGAUAAAGAGCAGAAGAACGCUUGCAAUUCUGGGAAAAAGUUACCGGAAAGCGAUGACGUGGAAAAAGAUUCCAGUAACGUCAAGAAUGACUGGUUGUUGAAAAAAGCGGGUCUAACGUCUCCUAAGCGAUCAGUCUUAGAGAAACUUGCGGCUGAGAAUGAAAACAGUAACAUGUUCUUGGCUGACAGGAUAAAAUCCCAGUUAUCCUUGGCAUCCUUGGCCAGCAUUGAGAACCUCAAAGAGAAAAUUGACAGACUGAGCGCUGAAGCUGGUAAGUCAGCAGAGGUUGGCGAUGCGGACUCGUGGCUGUUGCAGCAGAGUCCUGCUCAGCGUGCUGAUAACCAAAUACUCGAGGAGAUCAUGGAAAAGAAGAGCGAGUGGCUUUCAACUUCGUCGCAGUCGUCUUUCUCUGUUAUAUCAGAGUCUGAAAGUCGUGGCACCGGCUGGUUAAUGCCUUAAAUUCCUGGUCUAAUGUGGCACCGGCAUUGAAAUGGCUGGUGUAAUGUGGCACCGGCAUUGGAAUGGCUGGUGUAAUGUGACACCGGCAUUGAAAUGGCUGGUGUAAUGUGGCACCGGCAUUGGAAUCCAUCUUGAGGAAGGACGCAAUGCUGAACUUCGUUCCCUGAGCAUCUUUUUGUGGUAUGGCCGAAAAUUUUCUUUGUCCUAUUCUGCAGCUCGCACAAUUCAGUGCAAAGUAGCUUGGCCUUGGUGUACUAUUAAUCUAUUUAAUUUUUGAUGAAUAACUUCUGAGGACAAUUGAAGAAGUUGUAAAUUUCUGACUUUGGCUUUUGGAAAGAGGUUGUAGUCUCUAGGGUAAUUAAUUAAUCACUUCGUAGUGCAACAUAUAUUAAUUCAUCUCAAUAAUUUAUGACUGAUUGUGUACUAAAAUUGUCGCAAUUUUACCGUCUUCACAGAUCACAACUUGAGUUUAUAUUGUUACUAAAAACUGCCAAGUCACCUCAUUGUCAUGACCCUUCUUCUGUAUGUAAAAAUAUAUCUCUAUGUAAUAUAAUCAAGCUACAGUCGUCCUUAUCGCCAGCCUUGGUGAGAAAGUGUUAAACUUUGCCCUGUAAGAUAAAGAGUUAAACUUUCCAUGCUUGUCAUGAUCCAUUAAAGCAAUGGUAGUAUUGCGGUCGUGCAUUGCUCCUGUCGGCCCUUUUGAACUUGUAAGCUCCAAAACUGGCUCAACUUGCCAUGGUUUUUCACCAAAUUCCUUGAUAGAGAUCAUUUCGUGUCUCGUGAGAACUCUUUUUGUGUAAUUUCGGACAGUACGGAAUUGAUUGGUGGAGUCGUUCUUAAUAAAGUUUGUUUCAUUCAUUACAAAAUGAGCUAAACCACGUAUCUCCAACUUUAUCCUGAUUUGUCUAUAUUUUAGCUGCAUGUGUAAUUAAGGCGCGUGGUUAUUGCUCCGAGUAACCAUACCUUCUUCGUGUGCGCUCGCCUCCAUCAUUUAGUGUUGAACAUAAUAGCUUGUCUUAGCUGCUAGAUUACUACUGAUGCGCUAAGUGCGCCAAGUUCAUUGUGUUUUUAUGUGAAAUUAUAGAGCUUUGAAUUUUGUGGUGUAUGUUAUUAAUGAGGAAUGGGCUCAUAGUAAUCACCCUUUUGAAGCAUUGCUUCAAUGUUAACCCUUGGUGUACUAACGGGAACGCUCGAUCCCAGACCUUUUUGUAAGAAUAGCAUUGACGAUGGUUUAUGUAUCCAUAGACAAUGAGUUAGGAAAGCAUUCAUAUUGUAAUGAUACUUCAUAAUUUGCUGCAUGAUUAGUGGUCAAAAUCAACGCCUGAGGACGGUCACGAGGCACGUUGGGUGCGAUACCUAGCUGAUGUGCCGAGCGCGUUAGAAAAACAAGUAAUGCGCAAAUUAGGCAAUUUAUUUUUUCUGUAAGUUUAAUGUUUAACUUCGUUCACAAUCGAUGCAAUGCUUGUGUACAUUCUUUUUAAUUAUUUUCAGCAUUAGCUUCUCUACUUGCUGGCUGGGCUCCUAGGCGUCUAGUGUAAUCCUCGGUCUUGUUGAUAUUUUUUUAGGUUGGUCAAUUAGUGUCCACUGGAUGAGAUUCAUUGGCUGUGUGUCCGUUAGACUACUUCUCACUUAUUCAUAUAUCCAUUAAUCUUGUUAUUUGUUGGUUUUAUGUUAUAUGCUCAGAAAAAUAGAGCUAAUAUAAAUAUAUAAAAGCA